AUGCUAUAUGCCUUCACAUUAUGGCGUUUAUGGCUAGCCAGAAAUGAACAAGUCUACAGGCAAAAGCAACAGACACCGGAACAAACAGUGAGUAUAAUCUUGACAAUGUUGGAGGAAUAUAAAUGGGAACAAAACCACAUCAUCCCACUACAUCCAGAUGAUGACUCAGCACAAAAAAAGAAAAUCCAGGACCAGCAGGAACCACCACCACCAAACUGGAUUAAAAUCAAUACUGACGGAGCGGUAAAAGGAAAUCCAGGACCAGCAGGAACAGGAUGCGUGUGCAGAGACAACACUGGGAAAAUUAUUUUAAUAAUUGCGGCACCACUAGGAAUUGCAUCAGCAAUUGUAGCAGAAACAUGGGGUCUACUAAUGGCGGCUAGAAUAGCAACUUAA